GUUUAAUAUAUACUAAUAGUAUAUAGUAUAUUGUAUAUGGUAUAUAAGUAUAUAGAAUAUAUCAUAAAGCAUAUAACAAAUAUCAUUUAAAAACAUUACAUUUAACAAUCCCUGAGACGUUUACAUUAGUCAUUGUCAUUGUCAUUGUCAUUUUCAUCUUCAUAACCUUAUAAGCAAAUAUGGCAAGACUAUAUAUAGGGAAGCUAAGAAGUAUGCAUAGUCUAACGAUAUUAAUUUUAAUAGCGUGGCUUAUAGCGUUCACACUUCAUGAAAGAUACUUAACUCGAAGUACUAUUAGAAAGUGUAGUUGGCCUCCCUUAAAAGAAUCCAAAGUAGUAAAUCCAAAUCGAGUGGUAAGUCCAAAAUUAGAUCUACGAAAUGAAAUAACUAAUAAAGAUGAAGGAUCUACUACUUCAGAUGAUGAACGCAAUAAACAAUCAAAUGAAGAUGGUGAAGUUGCUUUUUCAAAUAUGAAAAUUCUUUUCAUUGCUGAUCCUCAAUUAAUUGAUAAUCAUACUUAUCCUGGACGUAAUCAACUCUUAUUAAAAUUAUCUCAACAUACAGUUGAUGUAUAUUUGAAGAAGAAUUAUUAUUAUCUCAUUAAUGAAUUACAACCUGAUUAUAUCUUUUGGUUAGGAGACUAUUUAGAUAAUGGAAGAUCAUCAACUGAUGAAUAUUUCUAUACUCAAUUAUCAAGGUUUAAUAAAAUAUUCUAUAAUAGAUUUAAAAAAACCUAUAAGAGAAAUGUGAAUUUCUUUGUAAAUUUAGCAGGAAAUCAUGAUAUUGGGUUUGGAGAUGAAGUUAAAUUAGAUUCAAGAGAAAGAUUUGAAAAGGAAUUCGGUGCUAUUAAUCAUUAUCGAGUUCUUGAUGGACUUGGUUUUAUAACUUUUGAUACUUUAUCAUUCUCAUCGACUCAUUCCAAUAUAAAUAGAGAAAGUCGUGAUUUUUUAGAUAAUUAUUUCAAUGGAGGAGCAGUAAAGGAUGUCCCUAGAAUUCUUUUAAGUCAUGUACCUUUAUAUCGUGAUCCAAAUAUAAAUUGUGGACCAAUAAGAGAAAAUCCAAAAUUUAACGUUCAUGGUGGUGGAUAUCAAUAUAAGAAUACAAUAGAUGAAGCCUUAACUGAAGAAAUACUUACAAAAAUUCAACCAGACUUAAUUUUUGCUGGUGAUGAUCAUGAUUAUUGUGAUAUAAUUCAUUCUAAUGGUGCAUCAAGAGAAAUUACAGUUAAAUCAAUAAGUAUGGCAAUGGGUAUUAAAAUUCCAGCUGUACAAUUAUUAUCUGUGUCAAUUUCACAAAAGGGUCAUGAGUCUACAUUAACAUAUGGUACAGAUGUUUGUCAUUUACAAACACCAUAUGAGAAUAUAUUUAGUUAUGUAAUAUUGGCUAUUGUAUCAGGAUUAUUAGUAUUAUUUUCCAAUUUAAAGCAAGCAGGUACUGCAAGAUUUCAAUACAGUGCUGUUUUACCAUUAGCUAAUUCUAAUUCAACAAAGCUUCGUAACUUUUUAAGAGAACAAGAAGAAGGAGAGAAUGAGGAGGAGGAUGAGGAAGAGGAGGAAGAUAUGUCUUCAACUUCAUUUGAAAAUAAUCUUACAAGUCACAAUAGAAAAACUGGUUCAUUCAGUUUACCUUCUACAGCAUCUAAAUUAUUACAUAUUCCUAAUUAUACUUUUACUUCAUCAGUUAAUAAUUCAUCAUUUCUUACUAAAGUUGGUGGAGGAUGGAUAAGUAACAAAUUAUCAGAAUUCACUAAAUUCUUUAGAAAAUGGAAUUUAGGAAAUUUUUUUAAACAAUCUAUUAUUUUAGCAAUUUUAGUAAUAAGUGUUUAUUAUUUUCUAUUUUGCUUAACUUUAUAAAAUGUGCAUAUAUAUGUAUAUAUUCAAUAAAAAUAUUUAUUAGAAUUUGUGGUAAUGCGGCUUACAGCAAACUUCCUUAUUGGGACAUCUGUAACUUCAAAAAAUAAUUCCAUCUUUAUAGUUAAAUAUCAAC